AUGGAGACAAUGGAGAAUGAACAUGAGGAACAACGGGAAGAGGAACCGCAGAGGAUUUGGGGCGCAAAGGAUUCUUUAAGGAGGCACACAAAAGGUCGUAAAUCCAUUAUACCAUCCGCGUCUGAGGAAGCCCCAUUACUGGGUAAUGAUGGAGCACACGAGGGAGAGAGUCAUGAAGGGAAUGGGGAGGCUUUAUGGGAAGGGCAUGGAGAUUUUGCGGGGUUAACAUGGUGGCAUAAACCAUCUGUAUCCUGGCUUAUAUUGCCAUUCUUCUUUUUAGCUCUCGCAGUCGGUGGAAUCAUCGUACCAAAACUCAAUCUUAUCCUUGCCCUCGUAUGUCGAUCGUAUCUCGCAGAAAGAUCUUCUCAAGAUCCAAAUUUUCUAUUCACGCCUGUUUUACUUGGUUCCGAUAAUCCUCAAUGUCGAAUUCCUGAAGUACAAUCAUUAGUUACUAAGUUUACAUUGGCAAUCACUAUUAUCACUGGAAUAUUUAGCGCUGUUAUGUCCCCGUUACUUGGGGCUUGGUCUGAUCGAAAUGGGAGAAAGAAGAUUCUGGCGAUUUCUAGUCUUGGUGGUUUCUUAACAGAAAUCAUCACCAUUCUUGCAGGCAAAUAUCCGGAUACCGUUUCAUAUCAAUGGCUGCUUGCCGGUGCUGUCUUCGACGGACUUUGUGGUUCAUUUACUGCCGGUAUGGCACUCACCCAUGCAUACGCAGCAGAUUGUACUGCGCCUUCCAAGAGAGCGGUAGCUUUUGCCUACUUUCACGCAUGUUUAUUUGCUGGUGUUGCAAUUGGUCCUCUACUUGCUGCAGCACUGUUCCACUUAACUCAAAGCUUACUCACGGUGUUUUAUGUCGCACUUGGCAUACAUACUUUCUUUAUCCUUUUCAUAGUACUGGUAGUACCAGAGUCACUCACCCAAAAGCGACAAGAGGUUGCCCGUGAAAAGCAUGCUGCUGGAGGUUUACUUGUGGCCAAUCAAACUUGGCUCAGGAUAUUAAAGAACAAAAAUCCACUUGCACCUCUAAAAGUUUUGUGGCCAACCGGUGGCGGAAAUACUAAACAUGUUCGCGCGAAUCUUGUUCUACUUGCAACUGUGGACACUAUCAUUUUUGGCGUUGCUAUGGGAGUUAUGACUGUUAUGGUUUACUAUUCAGGCUACCAAUUUGGAUGGCGAACUUCAGAGACAAGUCUUUACAUGUCUGUUGUUAAUAGUACGCGAGUCUUUACGCUUGUUGCUAUCCUCCCUCUUUUUAAUUACCUCGUCCGAACUAGACCUCGCAACAGACUACGCAGAGAAUCAGGGUUCCCUGUACCAGAAAGCCACUCUGGCGCUGAUUCGACAGAUUUGUUCGUUGUUCGGCUUUCUAUUAUCUUCGAGAUUGUAGGAUAUCUAGGAUUCACACUAGCCCGCAGCGGUCCGCUUUUUGUGGCAUCUGGAAUCAUGGCUUCGAUGGGUGGUGUGGGUUCUCCAACAUUACAAUCAGCAUUAACCAAACAUGUACCCCACGACCAAAUAGGACAGCUCUUAGGAGCCACAGGCUUGUUACAUGCGUUAGCAAGAGUCGUUUGCCCUACGAUAUUCAACCUAAUUUAUGCUCAAACUGUUGGUACCUACCCCCAAACAGUCUUCUUGGUUUUAACAGCAUGCUUCGUCUUUGCAUUCACUUUUAGUUGGUUUAUUCGACCUAACGUAUCUUUGGAAACCUCAUUCCAGAAAGUACCAAGCUCCCAAGAAGCCAACAAUAGUCAAGAUGUCAUUAUUGACGAACAAAUUGCUGGUGUCUAA